AUGGCUGGAUCUAUUCGCCUUCGAGUCAGAGGCCCACAAGGAGUUGCAACUCUCAGCAUCGAUUCGAACGAAACAUGGAGUGAUCUGCGUCGUCAAAUAUCCGAAAAGUCUGGAGUCCAAGACUUUGACCUAAAACAUGGCUAUCCACCUCAACCUUUCAYAGAGCCCGCCAAUCCGCACACGAAACUAUCAGAACUCCCCCAGAAACUGAACGGCGAGCAACUCAUCGUGACACCUAAAGCUGCUCCACAAGCUCCCUCAGUAUCCCCGGCAAGCAAUAAGCUUCCAUCCGCAACUUCAACAUCACAAGAAUAUCCAGACCGGCCUCUAAACCUCACAACCAAGAAGCGAGCAAAUGUGGACGAAGACCCUCCCGAAGUUCCGGUGCCUCUUCUUGACGGGAUCAUGGUCCUACGCGUGAUGCCUGACGAUAACUCCUGCAUGUUUCGCGCGCUAUCCAACGCAGUACUCGGUUCCGCUCUUGAUGGCAUGACAGAAUUGCGUUCCGUGGUCGCCCAAACAAUUCAAUCACAGCCAGAUCUCUACACCGAAGGCAUGCUCGAGAAGAAACCUGCAGACUACUGUCGAUGGAUCCAACKUGAGGAUAGUUGGGGCGGCGGUAUCGAACUUUCCAUUCUGUCACAGCACUUCGACAUUGAGAUCUGCUCUAUCAACGUUCAAGAUUGUCGAGUCGACAAAUUCAACGAGGGAAAGCCCACACGUUGCAUCUUGGUGUACUCAGGAAUCCACUACGAUGUGUGCGCAGUCACACCUUUCAGCGGCGCGGGGCCGGAGUUUGAUCGAAAGGUAUUCGAGGUGAUGAGCGUGGACGGAGAGGAGAUCGAUGGAGGAGCAAUCGAUGCUGCCGUGGAACUAUGCAGAGGGCUGCAGAAGAGGCAUUACUUCACCGAUACACAUGGAUUCGCUUUGAAGUGUAAUCAAUGUGGGCAGUCGGGGAAUGGGCAGCAGUGGGCAGUGCAGCAUGCAAAAUCUACUGGGCAUGGUGAUUUUGGCGAGGGCGAUUGA